AGCGAAAUAAAGCCCCCCCGCCCGCGUCCUCCACCCCACGUGUGAACUCUGGGCACGGGGGGAGCCGCCACUCCCCCCGGCAGGGGCUGGGAGGACUGGUGGGAGGGAAGGCUGCAAGGCGGGCCAGCCGAGCAGUCGGCAAGAAGGAGGCGGCGGCGGCGGCGGCUGGAGGCUCGGGAGGGGGGUGUGGAAGGAGGCGGCCGGAGGCAGCGCUCGCGGGCGCCCCCUCACACACCAGCCCGCCCGGCGGCCAUGAGGGGCCUGCUGCUGCCGCCGCCGCGGCCUCUGCUGCUCUGGCUGCUGGCGGGCGCGGCCUGCGGCCUGGCCUUGCUGGCCUACUGCGUCUAUUUCGACCGAAAGCGGCGGGGCGCCCCGGACUUCCCAAGGAGGCAGCGGGAGAAAAGAAGAAAAAAGCUUGAAAAGGCAGAAGAGUGUGACACAGAGUUACGUGAGCUGAAAGAUACUGCAAAGAUACAAGAGUUCUUUCUGCAAGAGAUACAGCUGGGCGAGCUCUGGUUAGACCAAGGAGAGCACAAGAAGAGCAUUGAACACCUUACCAAUGCCAUUUCAGUGUGCACACAUCCAAAUGAGCUAAUGCGUGUCUUUGAGCAAACUCUGCCACCACAAGUAUUUGAAAUUCUUGUGCACAGGAUUCCAUAUGUAAUGCAACUGACAGGUUUCCCCCCUUCUCUUAGCGGCUGGAGACAAAACUGAACGAGCAGGACACCACAGAUGAAUGAGAACGUGGCACUGUGUUAAGGGCUACUCUUAAGAUGGAGUCUUAUAGCAGCUUAUAAACCUUCAUGUAAAAAUACUCUGUCCAACCGUAAUUUCCAUUUAUUUUACUUUGAUUAAAUAAAAAAUAAAACUUU